GUCACCUUUACUGUUUGUCAGCCCUACACAUAAACACAUACAAAAAAUAAGAAAAACGAAGAAAAAGAGUGCUUUGAGACUCUCAAAACAACAGAAAUCGUAAAGAAAACACAUCAGCCGAGAAGAAUAAGUCCGAGAUAUACGGAUUUUGUGCACAAAAUGGCCUCAGAAGAGCUGCCAGCUGACCUGGACAAGUUGAAAAUAACACAGACUCAUCCUCUCCUAAAGACUACUACUGUGGAGAGGAACCCAUUUUACGAUGCAGAGAAUGGAUUUGAUCCAUUGGAUAACCCUGAGUCCACAUCAAGUGACAAACACCGUUGGAAAUGCAGGCCCAGGCGUCGAUCCGAAAGUUGCCUGCAGGACUGCAAGCAGGACGAGUCCUUUGUUCCAGCCGAUUCGUUUGAUAUAAUAAAUCCCUCGAGCUGCUCCCACGGUGUGCAGAAGCAUUCGCAAAAACGAAAGAACAUAUUUCGUCAGCCGAUGCUACGAUCCUUGUACGGCUGCGAGCACGGCAAGUGUGUGGUUCGCAGCGGCAGGAUGUUCGUCCCGAGACCCAGAGAGGACACCAGUGAACAAUCGCAGGCGAGCGAUGAUUUAAGCCUGCCAAACACGAGUGGCACAUGCACUUUCCGUGACUGUGUGAUUGGCGAAUGCAAUGCCAUGCUCGACGAAUCGAAGAGGAGCCCCUUGGCCAACAGUUGGCACUUGUCGAGGAACUGCAGUUCGUCAAAGGCCAGUCCAGAGGCUGCAGCAGGAGGACCCCUUCAGAGCCAAAAGAGUGAUGCUGCCUUCGCCGUCUCAGCUGCCGCAAGAUCUUUGUCAGCCGUCUCGCUAAUGGGAGCGACAUGCUCGCAACAGGCCAGCUACAAUUCCACGAAUCCCGGCAACUGCGAUGAUGUUACCAUUGGAGAGCUGGCCAGCUAUUUCGACACCAUCGUGCAUAUUCCAAAAAAGAUGUCCACAAUGGCCGAGAUGAUGUACAUAUAAAAAUAUAUAUCGAAUAUCGUAGCAAGUUCUUAUCCCUAUUCUCUGAUUCUAAAUUUAAGUUCUAUGUUAUAUGUGAAUCUAAUUACACAGUUUUCGGGCUCUCUGUAACCUCAGUUGAGUUAACUAAAUAUAUUUAUAUGUAUAAUAUGUACAUAGUCAUUGGUAUAUUCUGCAAAAUACAGCAUUUCAAAACCCAAA